CAUCCUUACACAAAACUUUCAUUCGAUCGGCUUGAACCUUUCGAAAAGCAUCAUCUGAAGCCGUUGAAUUACAAGGAGUACGUUGGAUUGAACAAAGCCGAUUUCAUCAUGCUAUACGAUUACGCGCACACUGGUCGUUGUCUCAUUUUGUCACUAUUGGAAUCCAGCAAGGAGGACCGAAUCAAGUAUAAGUCAAUUGUUCCGUGGAAAGCCGCCCUCUGGUCUACUCUGGUGGUUCCUUUCCAUGAGCUCGACAUAAAAUUCGAAGAGUUCUGUAUUUUGAAGGCACUCACCUGUUGGCACAUCAGCGGUCGACGAAUAUGUGACAGACAGCGAAAUCUCCUUAUCGAAUGUUUAUUCGACAUUUGUGAGAAACGAGGCAACGAUCCCUCAGAACGAGUCGGCAAUCUGAUUCUUUUCAUAUCCUGCGUUUUUGUAGGUUUUCUGAGAAGUUAA